AUGCCUGAUGGGACAGAAAGGCCAAUCGCAUUUUCCUCGAGAACCCUUAAAACGGCAGAAAAGAACCACUCACAAAUUGACAAAGAGGCCCUAGCCAUUGUCUGGGGCGUACAGAAGUUCAACGCUUAUUUAUAUGGCAGACAUUUCACACUUAUAACGGACCAUCAAUCGUUGACGCAGAUCUUCUCUCCAAUGAAGGGUAUACCUGCAAUGCAAGCAGUACGUCUCCAACGCUAUGCUCUCUUUCUCUCCGGCAUGGACUACGACAUAGUGUAUAAGAGGUCGGAAGACAACGGCAAUGCUGUCAGUUUGUCACGCUUACCUCUACCGGACGUUCCACCGGAGGGCCCAGAUGAAGCUGAGCUUUACCAUUUAAGCCAGUUUGAGCAACUUCCUGUUACUCAUUCACAACUGCGAGACGCAACCCGACGAGAUGUUAUUCUGUCCAAGGUAUAUUGGAAUGUCAUGAAUGGCUGGGACACUUCUAACUCGGAUGAAGAUCUUGUGCCUUACAUCCGACGCAAAGAUGAACUAUCUGUGCAACAAGGAGUUCUAACAUGGGGCACUCGCACCGUCAUCCCCGCGAAACUCGUACAGUCAAUUCUUCACGAGCUUCACCGUGGUCACAUGGGAAUCGUUAAAAUGAAAGCUCUGGCACGAUCCUACGUAUGGUGGUCAAACAUCGAUCGUGACAUCGAAGCUGUUGCAAAGAAUUGCGAAGGUUGCCUGAAGAACCAAAAUGAGCCACCUAAGGCGCCAUAUCAUCCGUGGGAAAUUCCUAACGGACCAUGGCAACGAGUCCACUUGGACUUCGCCGGGCCAUUCCAAGAUAAAAUGUUCCUAGUAGUUGUGGACGCCUUCUCCAAAUGGCCUCAAGUAAUCGUCAUGAGCUCUACUACUGCUUCUCACACUGUAGAUGUCCUACUGACGAUCUUUGCCAGAAACGGCAUGUGUGUCUUCACAAAGAAAUGCAAAUGA